AUGAGAAUUAAAGAAAUUGUCCUUGAAGGCUUCAAAUCCUAUGCCCAAAGAACUGUGAUUUCUGGGUUCGAUUUUCACUUCAAUGCAAUCACAGGCUUUAAUGGGAGUGGGAAAUCAAACAUUCUAGACGCCAUUUGCUUCGUCCUCGGAAUUUCCACACUCUCAACAGUUCGUGUUUCAAACUUGCAAGAAUUGAUUUAUAAGAACGGCCAAGCAGGAGUCACCAGAGCAAACGUAACCAUCCUUUUCGAUAAUACCGACAAGGAAAGGUCCUAUGAAGCUUACAAAAAAUGUGACCAAAUAUCGGUAAGAAGAGAAAUUUCCAUCGGUGGCCAAUCCAAAUACACUAUAAAUGGCACCAAAGUGACAGCAGAAAAAGUGAAAUCUCUAUUCACCAUGUCAGGAUUGAAUGUAAACAACGCCAAUUUUAUGAUCAUGCAAGGCAGAAUUACUCAAGUCACCAAUAUGAAGCCAGCAGAAAUCCUCAGCUUAGUCGAAGAAACUGCAGGAACUAAUGCUUAUGAAGUCAUUAAGAAGAAAACCCAAGCCACAAUUGAUAAGAAGAAUUUUAAACUUCAAGAAAUGGAAGAUACGCUAAAUAACGAAAUAAAUCCGAAGCUCGAGAAUCUUCAGAAAGAAAAAGAAGAAUUUCUCAGGUGGAAAUCCUUGUGUGACGAACUUCAAGAACUUGGCCAAAAAAUAUCUGCAGCAAAAUAUCAGGAGCUGCUUAAUGAAAUCAAAAACUCUGAAGAAUUGGCAAGAGACUUUGAUAACCAAAAUGAGAGUUUAGCAAAAAAAGAGGCAGUCGUUAAGAAAAAGCUUGCAAAAGCGACACAUGAGUAUGAAGAACUUAUGAAGAAAAGCCAAGCUCUUGUGUCUGAAGAAGAACAGAGGAAAUUAGAUGAGCUGAGAGUUCAUAAGGAAAAAUCUGAAAUGGAGCUUAAGAGGAAAACUAAAGAGAUGGGCGAAAAAACUUCAGAAAUCAAUGGGGUCACGAAAACCCUGGUAUCAUUGAACUCAGAUAUUGUGAGAAAUAAGCAACAGCUAGUGGAACUAAAAGGUAGUAAAGAGAAACUUGAUCGAGAAGUUAAAGAGAAAAAAGAUGAACUUGAAAGUCUACAGACUAGAAAACAAGCUCUUGAACAAGGAAUUCCGCUUGAAGAUGAUUUAAAUGAGUCCAGGAUCCAGACAAAGGAAAGAGCUCUUGAUAAAGUCAAACAAGAAAUCGCUACCACUGACUUAAAAAUUCAGCAGUCUAAGAAAAAAUAUGAAGCCAAAUUAGCCCAAAUUUCUAGAAAUAGAGAAAAUCAUGACCAAGGCGCUGGCGAAAUUAACGCAAUCCAAGAGCGCAUUCAAGAAAUCCAAGAAGAAUUAGAAAAAAGAGGUGGAAAAGAUUUUGAUAGAGAUUUAAGACAGCUUGAAAAUGAGAAACAAGAAUUGGAGCAAGAAAUCCGCAAUGCUGAAAGGCAUCUGACAGAACUAAACGCAAAUCGAUUUAGCUUAGAUUAUUCUGAUCCAGAGCCAGGCUUUGAUAGAAAUAAAGUGAAAGGAAGAGUCAUAAGACUUAUUAAUAUCAAGCAUGAAAAGUAUGCACGUGGGCUUGAAGCUGGAGCUGCUGGAGGCCUUUUCAGUGUUGUUGUUGAUACAGAUGUUACUGGGCAACUCCUACUUAGAAGAAGAGCAUUAGGAAAUGUCAAAAUUCUUCCUAACAAUAAAAUGCAGCCGACUAUAAUAUCAAAUGAUAUAAAGAGAAGGGUUUCUGACAUUUUUGGACAGAGAGCUCAAGUGGCCUUAGAUCUAAUUGAGUAUGACCCUCAAAUUCAUAACUCCAUCGCUCAUGUUUUUGGGAAUUUUUAUGUAUGUGAAACUAAAGAAAUGGCUCAAAGAAUUGCUUAUUCCAAUGAUAUCAGGAAAAUAGCAGUAACUCUAGAAGGCGAUUUAUAUGAUCCUAAUGGCUCAAUUAGUGGUGGACAAAGUCUUAACAGUUCUUCAAUGCUAGAAAGCUUGAAUAGAAUCCAUCAAUUCGAGUACGCCCAUAAAAAUGCAAAAAGAAAGCUCGAAGAAAUUAUGGUAAAAAUAAAUAAUAUCGGGCAGCAGCAAAAAUCACUGCAAAAGCUUAGAAAUGAAUUAGAUAUCAAAAACAAUGAUUUGCGAAACAAAGAAGCUAUGCAAAAAGAGUCCUCUUUUGCCAGACUGCAAGAAGAAGUCGAAGAACUCAAAGGAAACUUACAAGUUUUCCAGCAGAACAUUAUAGAUCUCAAUAGAAAUAGAGCAGAUAUUGAAAAAGAAAUAGUUACUUUAAAAAGAGAAAGCCAAAAAGGUGUGGAUCAGGCAGAAGUCCUUAGAAAAACCCUUGCAAAAACUGACAAAGAGUUUAAACAGCUAAAUAAGUCAAGAGACGUCAUAAGGGACAAAAUAUGCGAAGUUGAAGAAGAAACGGAAUCGAAAGAAAAAGAUAAAGUAUUUGAGGAGGACAAGCUAAGAAACCUUAAUAAUGAAGCUGAUAGAGAAAAGAGAGAGUUAGAUAAGCUGAGGGAGCUGGUAGCAAAAAUAGUAAAAGAAUUUGAGCAUGCAAAUCUACAGUAUGAACUAUUAUUAGAAAAAAUCGCAUUAAAUACAACAGCUCAAGAAGAAAUCAAGAAAACCAAAGAAAACUUCGAAAGAGAAAUCGAAAAUAUUCACAAAGACUUGCAAAGCCUCGAAAAUAAAAAGAAAAAUCUUCAAAAAACGCUUGAAAAAGCUUUUAGAGAAACGAGAGCUUUAGAAGAUCAAAAUCCUUGGCUUUCUGACUUUGACAUGGACCUUUCUAAUUUUGACAGAAACAUCGAAGAAGGCCGAUAUUUACGUCUAAAAGACGAAAUAGACAAACAGUCUAAAAGAGUCAACAAAAAAGUAUCAAGCACCCUCGACGACCAAGAAAAGAGAUUCAAACAGCUGACAGAAAAAAGAAAAAUCGUUUUAGGAGACAAAGAAAAGCUUCAAGAGCUCAUCGAAGACUUAGAUAAAAGAAAGCAAGAGUGCAUUAAAAAGACAUGGAUAGAAGUCGACAAACAUCUUGGAAAUAUUUUUAGCACGUUAAUACCAGGGACCACCGCCAAACUAGUAGAAAUUGAUGAUGAGCUAACAGGGCUUGAAAUGAAGGUUGGCUUCAGUGGAGUCUGGAAAAAGAGCUUAACUGAGCUUAGCGGAGGACAAAGGUCUAUUUUAGCUCUUUCCUUCAUAUUAGCAUUGCUCAAGUACAACCCAGCCCCUAUUUACAUUCUUGAUGAAAUCGACGCAGCUCUAGAUAUGUCGCACACCCAAAAUAUUGGCCAAAUGGUUUCGACCCACUUUUCUGAGUCACAAUUUAUUGUAGUAUCCUUAAAAGAAGGAAUGUUCACCAACGCCAAUGUGCUCUUCAGAACUCAAUUCAUUGACGGCAAAAGUACUGUGGAGCGGCACGCUCUCAGAAUUAACUCUGCUGAUGAGCAGCAUAGGUCCAAAAAGAGUUUCAGAUAA